AUGAUAAAAUGUGUGUCUGAGAUAUUUUCCGAGUGGAAGAAGUACAACUACUGGUAUUUGAUUUUCUUUGCUGGAGAGAUAUCUGAAGGGGAAUCAGUUCUGGCUAUUUCCUUGUUGCAUAAGUUUUUGAUGUAUUGGUCCCUUCGAUUAUCGUUUCAGGGUUGGGACUAUGGUUUCUGCUUUAAAAUGGGGCUCAGUUUCUCUUCAAUAUGGUUAGAUAGUCCUCCGCCUUCGGUUGAAGAUAGUAACAGAAGCAAGAACAAGACCGAAGCUUUAGUGAAGAAAGAGGAGGAGAGGGAAGAGGAAGUGGUUGAAUCGGAGGAGGGAGAUAAUGAUCCUGACAUCGAAGACGGCGUCGAGGUGAAUCCAGAGGUGAAUGCGGAGGAUGAAGAUGGCGAAGAGCAAAAGAGGAGGAGAAAAAAGAAGAAGAAAGGGAAAAUUUUGGGGCCGCUGUUCGAUCCGAGCGCUGUGUACGACUGGAAACUGUGUGCCGGAAGUAACAAGCAAAAUUUCGUGCCUUGCAUUGACAUGGAGGGCGGCGGGGCCCGCCGGCAUCAUGAGCGAAGCUGCCCUCGUCAGUCCGCGACCUGUUGGGUGCCGCUGCCGAGGGAGUAUCGGACUCCGGUGGUCCCGUGGCCCGAGAGUCAGUUCAAGAUAUUUUAUAGGAAUGUAGCUCAUCCGAAGCUGUCUGCGUAUGUUAAGACUCGGAGGUGGGUGAAUGUGACUGGAGAGUAUUUGAUGUUUCCUCAGGAUGAGUCGGAGUUCAAGGGUGGGGUUCAUCACUACCUCGGUUCCAUUGAAGAGAUGGUGCCUGAUAUUGAAUGGGGGAAGAAUAUCCGAGUAGUUUUGGACAUUGGAUGCGCAGAUGCUAACUUUGCUGCUGCUCUUCUUGAAAAGGAUGUUAUAACUUUGUCAUUAGGGCUAAUACAUGACAGGACUGACUUGGCCCAAGUUGCUCUUGAGCGUGGGAUCCCUGCAGUCUUGGGCAGUUUGGAAACCAAAAGGCUUCCUUUUCCUAGUAGUGUUUUUGAUGCUAUUCACUGCAGUGACUGCAAUACAGCAUGGCAUUCUACUGGUGGGAAGCUCCUCCUGGAGAUGAAUCGAAUACUACGCCCUGGCGGAUACUUUAUUAUGUCAACUUCCCAUGGUGAUGUUGAUAGAGAAGAAGGCAUGUCAGAAUUGACAGCUUCAAUCUGUUGGAAUAUUCUGGCACAUAAAACUGAUGAUGUCAGUGAAAUGAGUGCUAAGAUUUAUCAGAAACCAACAUCAAAUGAUAUUUAUGAGCUAAGAAGGAGAAAUCAACCUCCCUUGUGCAAGGAAAAUGAAAACCAGGAUGCUGCUUGGUACACACCAAUAAAAACAUGUCUCCAUAAAGUUCCAUCUGCUAUUGAACAACGUGGCACUGAUUGGCCUGAGGAAUGGCCAAAAAGGCUUGAAACUUUUCCUGAAUGGCUUGGUGAUUCCCAGGACAAAUUGCAUGCAGAUGACCAACACUGGAAGGCCAUCUUCAACAGAUCAUAUUUUGGUGGGUUGGGAAUUGAUUGGUUGAAUAUUCGGAAUGUUAUGGAUAUGAAAGCAAUUUAUGGAGGGUUUGCAGCAGCUUUAACUUCACAAAAGGUGUGGGUUAUGAAUGUAGUUCCUGUGCAUGCUCCAAAUACUCUUCCUAUUAUUUAUGAGCGUGGACUUCUUGGCAUAUACCAUGACUGGUGUGAACCAUUCAGCACUUACCCACGAACCUUUGACCUUUUGCAUGCUGAUCACUUGUUCUCACGGCUUAAGAACAGGUAGAUACUUGGAUUAUGU